CCGUGCAUCAUUGUCACAAGAUCGUCCGGGUAGUCGACACGCGUCCUCCGAGAGACUCUUCUUCUUCGCUUCGCCGGCGCGAUCUCUUCCUCUCCUUUUCUCGCGAAUCUUCGAGUAUCGCGGUUCCGGUUGUUUGAGUUCGAGUUUCUUCCGACGGUAUCGUCUCUUUUCUCUCGAGCGGGUGAUCGUUGAAGAGGUAAACGCGCGAAUUACGGGCGGAUUCAGUGGUGCGCCGUAGAAGCCGUUUCGCGUAUUUUCGCGAUCGUGCGCUCCGUGAGAUCGUCGGGUGUGUGUAAUAAUCGCGUUUGAAGUGAUUCGAUGCUCCAUCAAGUCAGUUGAGACAUAGUGCGAAAAUGCGGAUGCAACUGCUGAAGAUCGUGGUGGUCCUGCUGGUAGCAGGAUCAGGUGAUACCAGGCCUCAGAAUGGCGCGGAUUCGCAAGCGAAGACGAUAGAAAGGAGCGACGUGGGAUGGAGAGGCGUCCAAGUCUCGAGCAAGUCGCACGACAUUGUUCGAGACGAUAGCAGCGGUCAACUGAACAACACCCACCGUGAUUUAAAAGAUCUGCAAUAUAUGGACCAAUCUCUGAGGACCGUCGCUACUCAACUCCUCAAUGUGACGAACCCGAAGGAUGUAAUGAAAGUGAAUAACAAGGAGCUCAUUAAGGUGGAACACGGAAUUCCGACAACACCAAAAUCUCCGGAAAAGAACGAUGCUUCUUUAUUGAUAAGAGAUGUCAGUCCGGAAGUCAGCAAUUUGGAGCCUGUAAGCGUAAGUUUCGGUAGGCCAAUUAAUUCCAAGUUCAGCUACUUCGAGACCAGUCAUCCGGGCCAGGCGAUGGCGAUGACGGAAGAGGAACUUGAACGGGAAAUGAGUACAACGAGACUAAUUACCGCCUAUAAGAAUCACCCGACCACCACCGGUGGUAUCUCCACUUGGAUCCUGCUGAAUCCGCCGUCUACGACCGUGAAGAGCCCGGAGAUUGAGAAGAUGAAGACGCAGCAACCGUUCCAGACGGAGGUGCGACUUACGGUGAGACCAAGCUCAUCGAUCGAGAGGGUAGAGACGAUUCCGCAGUCUGAAAAGACCGCGGAGAAGACCACAUCGCAAUUGACCUCUGUUAUAACUACCGAGAAGAUGACUGUAAUUACGAAGAAGCCAACUGCAACGACGAUGAAGAAGAUCCCGACUACCUUGAGACCGGAGAAAGUUACUCAAGAUUCUGGAAAGACAGAAACUUCACCAAGCACGACUUUGAAGGUAAUUCGCACGACGACUGCGGGUGUUUCGACGACGAAUGACGGAAUGGCUACGGUGACGACUGUUCUUACAACGAAGAAGCCUCAACGAACCACUUCUAAGCCGAAAGUCACCACGCCGAGAAUGACUUCGCAUCCAAAAUCGACGACGACGAAGCCGAUGGUAAAACCGACGAGACCUAGUCAACAACAGAAUAAGCCGAAACCUACGCCGACGAAGAGAACGACGGUCAAACCUGAGACAGCGAAGAACGAGACAUCCGCGUCGACCGGCAAGAUCGAGAAGGUCACGUUCAAACCAGUCCCGAUCAUCACAACUCCGCAGAAUACCAAGCCAGAGAAUACCGAGAGACCGAUGUUUGUUACGAAGAUAAAAGCGUCGGUGCUCAUGGACACGCAGAAGACUCCGACUACUUCAGCCCCGGCUACCACCGGAUCACUGACCACUUUAAGUGUCGGCACUAAAUCAAAUUUCAGCGCAGAUCUCAUAGAGGUGCCAGUAAGAUCGAAGCCGAUCGGUACGAAAGUGAACAACGUGCUGAAGGUGCAGCUGAAAAAGCCCGCGAACGAGACCACGCAGAUCGAGAUAGAGCCGAUCAAGGUAAAUGCACCGAUCUUGAAAAUCGAAAAGAUCGACAAGAACAAAAUGGACGAGAUAGUGGUGAAGGACACGGGCGAUCUUGACGACUCCAGAAUAGAUUUGAAGUUCGACUUUAAUCCCGAAUUGACCAAGAUCAACGUGGAAACGCAAACGGAGGCCAUGACGACGUCGACGGCGAGCACAACAGCGUCGAGUACGACAACGAAGCGAUCGAAGCACAGCUCGAAGAGGAAGAGGAACAAGCUUCGCAGACGUAAGCCUACCACGGCUUCGACGAUACCAAGCUCGACGACGGAGAUGCCCGCUCUAAUGGAGGUCAGCGAGGGCGUUACCGAGGUGGAUAACGCGAUGCAGGAGUCGAAGAUCGCGCCUGAGACAAAAGUCGGGACAAACACGAAAAACAAGAAGAAGCAACCGCAGAAGGGGAUCAGCACUCAGAUUUAUAAUUUCCUGAGUCGCGAGGUGAUGCCCAGCUUCGGGGUGAUGUCGCUGGUAGGUCUGGGUCUCGGUCUCGCCUCGUACUUCCUAUAUCCCUUCGGCGGCACAAUCUCCCGAAGAAACUACGAAGUGGAGCCGAAUUACAAGUACAAUAUGGACGAGUACGGAGGUAAUUACGGCCAGAGCGAGGAGGAAGUACUGUCCAAGGUGUUCCAGGGUAUGACGAAUUACGAGAACAAGUAUCCGGGAGUGAAGGACAAUUACAACAACAAUUAUUAUCAAUAUCAGCAUUACGAUGGUGCGUAUGAUACGCAAACGACGAAGAAGGUCGACGUGAGGUAUCCGGCGGUGUCCACUUCUCCUGUUUACAAAACCGCGGAGAACACCCAGCCGGCGGUAAAAUAUCGAAACACGGAGUUUCGAUAUCCCGAAGCGCAGACUACUCCGGUUUAUUACGAUCGCAAACGUCCGGAUCCCGUGGGGGAAAUCGGCGCGGGCUCGGCGGCGAAUCGGCAAUUUGUGGUCGGCAACGUACCCAAGGAGUAUCCGUACAACGUGAAAGCGGCGAACUUGCCGAUGGAUAGCAAGAAAGGCAUUGGUUACGUUUCGACCGAGAUCGGACAGACGCAAUUCGAGAGGGACGUUGCGAGCUACGAUUUCUCGCCGAACGCGGCCGGCUUGCACGGCUACAGCCACCUGGGAGGGUCGACCGAUCGACCGGAUGACGGAUAUGAAGAGAUCGAGAUAACGCCGACCGCGGUGGCCGUCGAGCACGGCCCGCGGUCGCUCAAGGUCAAGCGCGACGUCCCUAAGGUCGGGGGCAGCCGAGGGCGACAUUCCAGAUCGAAGAGGGAGUCGGUAAUACAGGUGAUACCGUCGAAGCGCGAGCUGGAGGAGGAGCGGGAGGAAAUGGAGAAGGAGGAGGAUCUGAGCAACGAGAUUCUGGACAUCAUCGAUUCGGCGUUGCCGGGUGGCGAGGUGCCGCAGAAGACAAAGAGCAAAGGCGAGAAUAACGAAGUGGAGGAUCUCGAGGGACAGAGAAGAAAGCAGCAGGAGGAAAUUAAUACGCGUCUGAAGGAGUCCACCUUGAAAACUACCACGGGACACGUGGGAAACGUAGAGGGAACGACGGAGAUCCCCGCGACAUCCACGAUCGGGAAAACGGAUGAUGGUGGUACCAGUGUCUUUCCAGAGAAUUCCUCCGAUAAGGAUACCACGCAUUCAUCGGUCGAAAAGGACCCUGAUGACUCGGUCGUCGAGUGGUUCGACAGCUCGACCACGAACAAGCCUUCGGGAGGCUUCAGCCUUCUAAACUUCGUGAAGAAGGUGGCCGAGAUCAAGUUCAGAUUGGGCCUGACGAUUCUCAAGCACGCCAGCGAGGGAUUCGCGCGGUAUCUGGGUCACGUGCAGAAGAGGAUCAACGGCGAGGAAUAAGGGGAAGAAAAAAAAUUCAGCGAGGAGCAGCGAUGGAAGUUUUUCGCGUCGCGUUUUCCAAUUUCACGUUCCUCGGCGCAUUACGGUGGA